AGAGCAGGACUUAGUUGACGAAGAUAUAUGGCUCACAAUGAGCAAAUGCGUAUAUAAGCUCGCCGCCAGGGACGGCACACCGAGCUAGCUUGGUCUCUUGGCAGCCCAGCAUUGACAAGUGUCAAGGAUGUCAUCCACGGGUUCAGCGCUACUUCUACUACUCCUGGCAGCCGUCGCCCCCGGCGCCAAGUCCGCGAACUUUGUCAGCACCGGCAAUGGUGUCCCGGCCCUGGAGCCCCUCGGGCCCGUCGUCACCGGGCGCGGAGCCGCCGAACGGCCCAACAUCGUCUUCAUCUUAACCGACGACCAGGACCAGCGGCUGGGCUCGCUGGACUACCUGCCGCUCAUCAAGAAGCACCUCGCCGACGCGGGCACGACGUAUACGCGGCACUACUGCACGACCGCCAUCUGCUGCCCCUCUCGGGUGUCGCUGUGGACAGGCAAGCUGGCGCACAACACAAACGUGACUAACGUCAGCCCUCCCUACGGCGGCUACCCGAAAUUCCUCACCCAGGGGCUCAACGACAAGUACCUGCCCGUAUGGCUGCAGGAGGCGGGCUAUAACACGUACUAUACUGGCAAGCUCUUCAACGCCCACAGCAUCGACAACUACAACAAGCCGUUCCCCAGGGGCUGGAACCACUCCGACUUCCAGCUGGACCCGUACACGUACAGGUACCUCAACACCACGUUCCAGCGAGACCAGGACCCGCCCCGCUCGUACGAGGGGCAGUACUCGCCCGACGUCCUGGCGUCCAAGGCGCUCGGCUUCAUCGACGACGCCGCCGAGUCCCUCAAGCCCGAGAACGGCGGCCGGCCCUUCUUCAUCGGCCUGGCGCCCAUAGCUCCGCACAGCGACGUAGCCAGCGACAGGGGCAACGGCAAGGCCGCGAUCAGCGCCCCCGUGGCGGCAAAACGGCACGAGAACCUCUUUGCGGACGUAAAAGUGCCCCGGACCGCAAACUUCAACCCGGACGCCCCCUCGGGCGUGAGCUGGGUGAGCCGGCUGCAGAAGCUGAACGAUACAAACGUCGAGGCCAACGACCACUUUUACAGGCAGCGCCUGCGCGCCCUGCAGUCGGUGGACGAGAUGGUCGACAAUGUGUUUGCGUCGCUGGAGAAGCACGGCCUGCUGGAUAACACGUACGUGUUUUACACGAGCGACAACGGGUUCCACAUCAGCCAGCACCGCCUCCAGCCGGGGAAGACGUGCGGGUUCGAGGAGGACAUCAAUGUGCCCCUCCUCGUCCGCGGACCCGGUAUCGCAGCGGGCCUCGUCCAAGAUUCUCUGGUCACGGUCCACGCGGACCUGGCCCCGACAAUACUCACCCUGGCCGGCGCGCCUCUCCGGGACGACUUUGACGGCGAGGCCAUCCCUCUGACGUCGCCCACCCAGAACACGACGGCGGCGCAACCCCGCCACGAGCACGUUACGGUCGAGUUUUGGGGGGGCGCCGGCAUCGCCGAGGGCGACAACCACUUCGACUUUGGCGAGACCAAGGGCCCGAGCGGGGCCAAAAACACGUACAAGGCCGUGAGGGUCGUGGCGCAGUCCUAUAACCUGUACUACUCGGUCUGGUGCAGCGGCGAGCACGAGCUGUACGACCUCGCGGCCGACCCGUACCAGAUCAACAACCUCCUCGCGAACGGCACCGACACCGGCACCGGCCCGACCGUCGCAGGCGUCGACCUGGCCAGGCUGGCCCCGCGCCUCGACGCCCUCCUCCUGGUGCUCAAGUCGUGCAAGGGCAAGACUUGCGUGCGGCCGUGGGAGGCGCUGCACCCCGCGGGAGACGUGGCCACGCUCGCUGACGCGCUGGACCCCGGGUUUGACGACUUUUACGGCAAGGAGCAGACGAAGGUCGCGUUCUCGCGCUGCGAGGCAGGGCAGAUACUCGCGUCCGAGGGCCCCAUGUUCGAGACGGAGGGGGCGGUCUAUCGGAGGGGGACGACCUGGGACGAUUGGGUGUGAAGGGGCAUGGCCGGCCGUGUUGUUGGAAACUCGGCAGUUGCAUCACAGGCGGCGAGGUAGACACAGCGUGGGGGGGCGCAGCCUCGCACGCCAUCGCCCCGCGUGAUGGUGUCGUUGGGAUAUGCAGCCCCUAUGCAAGCCAAACGAGGGCCAGGCUCCACGAGACGGGGUAGCAUCGUAUGUGGAACGGCAUCCGCUUUUGCUAUUCAUCACACAGCUGCUUGUCGCGGGGGCCUUUCUGCCGCGCACAACGCCCAGUUGACCAGGACCUGCUCUGAUUAUUUAUUUUAUUUAGUAAUGUAUUAUGUGUAACGA